GGCUAUUUAGUUCAUACUUCGAUGAUCAACCACUCGCAGUAUUGAUUGUGAUCUUGAGCAGAAAGAGUUGAGUUUUCAAACGUAGAAAGUAUUGAACGAAGUGGCAUAGAAAUCCCAAUUUAACGUAGUUCAAAAAAAAUGGCAUUGAAAUCGGACUUGAUAUGGGAUAAGCUAAACGAGCGGCUUUCUCAGAUCGAUCGUAGUAAACGUUCAUUUACGGUGGUUCUGUUCGUUCAUUUACGACAGGAAGGGAAAGUAGUCAGAAGUGUGGUACUAGACUUCUGUGAUCUGAAAAUUUCGGAAAUUGAACCCGCAGCCACCAGCACCGCAGACUACCCGGCCGAGCGCAUCGAUGCGUCCGUUACGAUUGACGAUAACGAUUUCUACCUGGUGGCAACGAAGGAAAUCACAUUUGCAGCCCUUAUCGAACAGGGAAAAGUGGAUAUUACUGGAAACAAACAGGCCUUUCUAACUCUGGACGAAAAGUUCAGAAAGAAGUGAGUCCGAAGAUUUCGAAUGGACUGAUAUGGAUAAGCCACUGUGAAAUACGCAGAACAACGCAGAAAAACGCAAAAACAACAACCAAUUGGCAGAUAAAUGUGAAUGAUUUAUAAUGAAAUACAAUCAGUGAUUGCAUAACGCCAUUAGGGGAAAUCUAGGCGAUAAACUUGGGAGAGUUUUUUUAUAGAUGUUGUUAAUGAAAAUUGUAUAAAAAUAACUGAAUACCAUUUUAGAGCUA